AUGAGUAGACAAGGCUUGUGGCAACGGCACAGGGCCAAGUUUCUGUUUUCUUCCGCGAUUGUAGCGUCUCUGGUGGCCAGUGGAGCAGUCACAAUACUUCUAAUCAAGAAGUGGCUUUAUCGACAACAACUUAAAAUCAGCGAACAACAUUUCGUCAAGGAACAAAUCAAGCGUAGAUUUACGCAAACGCAGCAGGAUGCGUUGUACACGAUAUACGAGCUGGUUCCCGUACUAUCGCUUGUGUUAGCCAAAGAUCUGGACGUUGAGGAGGUUGUUGCAGCACUGAAGGAUAAGAAACUGGCCCGCAAAUUGUCGAACGGGGGCCGUGGAGACACUGGGGCCGGAACAUGCCGCUCUGAACAUGACGAUGGACUUUCUUCUGGCAUGAGCACGAACGUUACUGAGUCGCGGGGCGCAGAUAUGCGUAAUGCCGAGAAUCGCGAAUCACAAGAGCCUGCGUCCAAUAAGGGCAAAACAAAAGCGGAGCUAUGGAACGAGCUCAAAAUCAAAAGUUUAGCCAAGCUUUGCACGCUGGUCUAUACGGUUGCGUCUUUAUUACUUCUGACACGGUUACAACUCAAUAUUUUGGCUCGGCGGGAGUAUUUGGACACCGCUGUGAAAAUGGCGGUUGAAAAAGAGGCCGCAACGCACUCGGUUCUACCAGAAUGGUUGUCGCGGCUGUGGCCGUCGACUGUGUCAGAUGCAGAACAGGAAACAUCCGCAGUAGACCCGGAAUCGGAGAAAGAUGCCAAGAAAACGAAUUACAUCAACGAACAAGCGUUCUUGUCGCUAUCGUGGUGGGUUCUCAACCGCGGGUGGCUGCAGUUCAAAGCCAUUGCCACGGAACAAACAGAACGUCAGUUUGGCAAUCUCAGCCCGCGCGACACUCUUUCGGUCGAAGAGUUUGCCGACCGGUUAUCGCACGUAUUCCACGCCAUGAACCAAAGCCUUAUCACGAACGCAGACAACGGUAACCAGGUAGGGUCUAUUUUGCUUCCGGACUCCACCCUAGAACAGUUUGUUUUGCAACAAACGCUCGACCAGGACGCCCUGAAAACACUCUACGAUGACAAUUCAAUCCUACGUCAGCUCAUAAACGAGACAACUAAAUGUUUGCAAUCGACCGUCUCACUCAUUGUUCUGGAAAGUCUCGUGAACACUGCGUUCCAGUAUAUAAUGUCGGAAAUCGAUCAGGGAGUGACGAAAAAGGUUAAAAAACCUCACGCAGAGGCUGAAAUCUCCGAAGAACCCUCUAAGUUCCAAAUCGCUUUGUUUUCGAUUGCUAGCAAAGAUUGCAGCGAAGAAAUGCUAAAGAGCGGUGUGGUCUCGAUGAACAACGCCUUUCUACAACGACUCGACUCCGUCCCUGAACUCGACGACCUGAGCGCAAGCGUCUACAGCAAUUUCGGAUUCUAA